AUGGCGCUACACCAGCAGUACGACCUCACCUCGCGCAUCGCGGCCCACCUGGACCGCCAUCUCGUCUUUCCCCUGCUGGAGUUUCUGCAGGAGCGCCAGCAGUACCCAGACGAUGAGAUCCUCAAGGCCAAGAUUGAGCUCCUAAGCGAGACCAACAUGGUCGACUACGCCGGGGACAUCCACAAGUCCCUCUACCACACUGAGGAGGUACCCAAGGGUGAGGUUUCUCCAUCCUUGACGGUGCCGUUUCACGUGGCUCUGCUGCCAAACGCGACUCUUCCAUCGAAUCUUUCAUUACCUGGUGUGUUGGGUUUCUUUGUGUCACUAAUCGACAUUUCAGCCACGGAAUGCGAGGUAGAGGAGUAACUGGCACUUACUUGUGCUCUUAUCGUUAGGCGAAAGAGUUUUUAUUCGUCUUUUUUUAAUGUCUCCGGCAGUUUGGUUAAUUCGAUUCGAUUAAUCGCUAAUUCGCGCAUUUCUGAUUUUCUAAUUUACUUGUUUUUUUUCUUUUGGUACCCUGUUUGGUGCGACAGAAAUGUUGGACAGGAGAGCGGAGGUCGUCAUGAGGUUGAAAUCCCUGGAGGACUCAGCCGCCCCUCUUAUAUCUUUCCUCCAGAACGCAUCCCUUGUCCAAGAGCUGAGACCUGACAAACAGUACAACCUGAUGAUGCUGAAUGAGAGAUAUCAGGUAGCCUUCUCUAGAAAAUUUUCUUCUCAGAGAUUUGUUUUUGGCGUUUCUCCUCAUGAUCACCACCUAGUCGGUAUAUUCUGGUAGUAUAUAUGAUGUCAUUUUGGUGCAUGUUUCCUGAGGUUGGGUGAUUCAUUUGGAGAAGCACGUAAUAAAUCAUGGAAGAAAGAAGAGAAUCAGACAGGGAUUGGACAUUUUCACCUGCAAAUUAUAUGCAGAAAUUCGAGAUCUUUGAUGCUGUAAUUUCUUCUGUGUAUAGCAUUGAAUAUAUUGGGCCUUGUACAAACAUUUGGAAAUGAACAGAUACAGAAAAUAUGCACUUGUAUGCAGCUAGUGGUGUGCGCUUGACUCGGAAAUUUGUGGAAAAUGAGUCCUAGGUCGUGCAAUUUAAUACUGAAUUUGAAUUUCUGCUUUUUAAAACAUGAAUUACUAUACUGCUAAAUACGUGAACGACACUGUUUAAAUGCUAGUGCCCUGUUCAGUACGUAUUUUAACAUACUUACUAUGUUGUCCAAACAGAUUGGUCCAGACCAAAUAGAGGCCUUGUAUCAGUAUGCGAAGUUCCAAUUUGAGUGUGGAAAUUAUUCGGGUGCUGCAGAUUACUUGUACCAGUAUCGAGCUUUAUGCACAAAUAGUGAUAGAAGCCUAAGUGCUCUAUGGGGUAAGCUUGCAGCAGAAAUUCUGAUGCAGAACUGGGAUACUGCACUUGAGGAGCUUAACCGUUUGAAAGAGAUAAUCGAUUCAAAGGUCUUUUCUCAUACAAAAAGAAAAAUACUCCUAGAAUUUACUUAUUUAUUCUAGCCUCAUUUUUUCUGGUUACGCCUACAUUGCAGAAUUUUUCCUCUCCACUGAGUCAGUUGCAAAAUAGGAUAUGGUUGAUGCAUUGGAGCCUUUUCAUUUUCUUCAAUCAUGAAAAUGGUAGGAAUGGGAUUAUUGAUCUCUUUUUUCAAGACAGGUUGGUUCUGGCUCUAAUGUUUUACAGCUUACUUGUUGCUUGCGUUGUCUAAUUUAAGCUUAGUCCUCUGGUAAUUUCUCCGGACGUAAUUUGAUGUACCCUUUCACGUGAGUGUGUUUUUGGAUUGAGCAUGUGCUAUCAAUCCUCAAAAGGCAUUGUGCUAUUAAAUUUAGAAUAAAUGUCUGCACAUGUGUAUGUGAAAAAUAUAUGAGCACUAUAUCGAGUCAGCAUGUUGACGACAUAAACUUGUUUUGGUUCUGCUAUGUUUUGCUUGUAAAUGUAUUUUCUUUAACAUUUAUGACAGAUGCUUUGACUCUUGCAGUGAUGUGUUUUCGUUCAUAAAAAUUUUAGAAGGAUAUGUAGGUUUUGCCUUGCUAAUCCAUGAUUUAUAGCUCCUUGUUUUGGUAUUUGAUCUUGUUACACGCAGGUAUAAUAUCUAGCCUUAUUGUAUUUGAACCCCGUGUUGUAUUUUCUUCGACAUUUAUGGCGCAUACAUUGACUCUCACGAUGAUGUAUUUUCAUUCAAAUAACCUUUUGAAGGAUACAUGUUGAUUUUGCCUUGUUAAUUCAUGAUUUCUGAUCCUCGUCUUUGUAUUUGAGCUUUUAACAUGCCGUUAGAACCUCUAGCAUAUGUUUUGCAGGUGUCUAGGAUGAGAGAUGAAUGCACUUUGUUUGUCUCAUGAUGCUGCUUACUUUCCUGUCUUCCAUUUGUCUUGUUCUAUUCCAUUGAUUGAUUAUGCGUUUUAAGUUUCUUACCAAUGUUUUCUCAGGUAUCUUAAUGCUAUUCAAACAAAUGCACAGCACCUUCUACGCUAUGUUGGAACUGCUGUCAUUGUCAACAAGAGGAGAAGAAAUAUGCUCAAAGAGUUGGUCAAAGUUAUCCAACAAGAGCAGCACUCUUAUAAAGACCCCAUUACUGAGUUCUUGGAGUGCUUAUAUGUUAAUUACGACUUUGAGGGUGCACAGCAGAAGCUUCGGGAGUGUGAAAUUGUAAGUCCUGACCAAUGAAAACAAAGUUUUAAAGUAUCACCAAUUAAAUAACUUUUUUUUUGCGGUGCUGGUCUUGAUAUCUUACUUUUUUCCUGUCAGAUAAGCUUUAUUUUUUGUCUAUAUCAUUUAAACUAUGUAUAGAGUGCUUGGUGAAGGUUUGCCAGCAUUCAUGGAUCAUUUAUUCGGCUGUACGUGUUGGUUGUCGGUUUGCUUUAUUUUUCUACUUUGAUUCCUAUUUUGGUGAUCCGAUAUUAAACUUUGUUCACUAGACAGAACAACAACGUUUUGAAGCAUCAUCCUGGUAAUUGGAGUCUCCGUAUCUAGUUUUCCUUCGUAAUAUUCAUUUUUUAGUCUGUUUCCAGUAUGGCCGCAGUCUUAUGACAUUAUUGCAUGGAUUCCAACAUGAGCAGGAGUUGUUUUACCCUGGGUUAUAUGAACCCCUUUGGAGAUGUGUACUGUAGAUUCUUGCUCACCCUGUUAUCAAAUGAAGAAUUUAAAGAUUUGACAUCUGAUUGGAGUCGAGUCUCGGUCAACCGGGCAUGGACUUGAUUGGGGAAAAAAAUGUAGGCCGGCCUAAAAAAAUGUGGAGAAGACGGGAUUGCCUUUUAGGGUCCUGUGGCCUGCUUUGCAGGCAUUCUCUUGGGUGUAAAGUCAAAUCCUGUGGUUUAGUGUAUGGACCUGCGUAGUACCGCUAUUGAUUUCGACUUUAGAUGACCCAAUUAGUUAGCAUGAUGUUUAGCAUCUGACAUAUGCAACAUCCCCAAAAGAGAAAGCGGGAAAUCUGCCGCUUCAGACCGAAUGAUUCCAAGCACCAUCCUUCGUGUUUUAGUCGCUUCCUCUUAGAAAUGUAUAAUUUGGUGAGAAAACAUGUUCCUUGUAACAUCUCUUUUUUGGAUCAUGAUAGGAUGAUGAUACGAUCAACACAAUAUGCAAUAAUCACUAUUUUCUCCAUAUUAGCUAUAUUCUUCUCCUAGAUAAUCACUAAUACCUAAACCCACUAGUACAUAAAAGAAGUAAAUCCGGGAUUUCCAAAGGGAAAGGUUUGUUAGCCAUACACGGAACUCUGACACUAACCUUGAUUCGAGUUUCUGCGUUUUCUGUGUAUUGAAAUUAAAUGGAUUUUUCGGUCUCUGUUUACCUGUAAUGGCGAUGCAUAAAUAUACGAGUUUUAUGAACCAAGUUAGCUGGAGCAAUUUUAUGCUUGCUCAAUCUUUUAUCUUAUUGCUUAUGAGAAAAAAUUAAGAAUGGCUUUAUGAUCUGAUUGAAAGUCAGUAAUGACCCUUAUCCUCUUUCUUUGUAUACACAAGUGACUAAGGAUUUGAUCUCAUGACAAGAACCAUCUUUAUUCUGCACUAAGGUUGCACAGAUUUUUUCAAUUCAAAAGUUUUUAGCCUUUUAUCUUUUGCUUAUGAGACAAACAUUUCAUAAUGGUACGAUGCUCUGAUUGAAAGUCUCAUUAAUUAUGCUUAUCCCCUUUCUUUACAACGGGCUCCUCCCCAUGGCUUGUCUGAUUUUCUUACCGCACAUGGUUCGCUGACUCUCAUGACAGGUUAUAUUGAAUGAUCCAUUCCUUGGGAAACGGGUGGAAGAUGCUACCUUUUCAACAGUGCCUUUGAGGGACGAAUUCCUUGAAAAUGCCCGGCUUUUCAUUUUUGAGACAUAUGGCCGUAUACAUCAGCGUAUUUACAUCGGGUAGGCCUCUUAUUUCUCAUGCUUGACUAUUAGUUUCAUCAAUCUUGGUGCCCACAUUAGUCUUGGUAUCAGAGUCAAAUACCUGAUGCAUAUUUUUUUCCAAAUAAAAAAACCAAAAGGAUUCUUCCAUGAAAAGUAUUUUGCGCUAAAAAUUACAGGGUAGAUUCUUCUCGUAGAUAAUCUCUAAUAUCUAUCCCUUCCGGCGCAUAAAACGAUUCGAGUUUCUGAGUUGUGGAUGCGAUUUUGUUCUUCUUCUUUAUUUUGCUACAUGCAAUUAGUGGUCGGUGGGUACUUAUUCUUGUGUGUCUCUCUGUUUCCGCCGUGCUCUGCUGCUCUGUGGUUCAACAGAAUGCUUGCUGAGAAGCUGAACAUGGAUGAAGAUGAGGCCAAGAGAUGGAUCAUGAACCUCGUCCGGAACUCCAAGCUUGAUGCCAGGAUCGAUUCGGCCUCGUCAUCCCUAAUCAUGGGCACCAAUCACCUCAACAUGUAACCCUUUCCUUGUGAAAAAAAAACCCUAUUUUCAGAAUCCGAAGGAGAGAAUCCAGUCCCUAAUUUUAUUUUUAAUUUUUAUAUUGUUAUUUUCAGAUAUGAGCAGAUCAUCGAGAAUGCAAAGAACCUCAGCAUGCGGACAUCCGUUCUAGCAAAGAACAUCCUUGAAAACGUCCAGCCGCAGGGAUCCCGGUGA